AUGCCUUUUCUCUUUACUGUUUCUAUUGCAGAUCUAAACAUCUCCACCAUGUGGAGUCGAUGGAAGGCAUCGAUUCUACUGUUAACGGCCUUCUGUUGGAUUGCUGAGCAUACGCCGACGGUGGCGGGUGUGGCCGGAGUGGCUGCCGGUUCUAGUCACAACUACAAGAUCAACCCGAAGCCCUGCUCCGUGAACGGCCUCGAGGGUACCUGCAUGUUCGUCUGGGAAUGCAUCAAAUCCGAGGGUCAGCACGUGGGCAUGUGCAUGGAUCAGUUCAUGUUCGGGUCCUGCUGUUCGCACAAUCUGACCGAAAAUGUGAUACCACAGAACAACCAGCAGACGUUGCUGGGCUACCGGCCCAAACCAACGUCAUCACCGUCCGGUGGCAAGUAUAAACCACCAAGGCCAAGUACUUUUGUUAGUAGUAAUGGCUACACCACCAUCUAUCGACCGAAUGGCAGUGGAACGCUGGUGAUACGACCGUCCCACACCCAUCAUCAGCAGUCACAUCCACUCCACACAUAUCACCAUAGCAAACCUGGCCAUGGUUCCAGCAACGGGAAUGGCAAUGGCGUUAGUAGUUCCAGUAGUAGUUCCGCUAGCAAUGGUGGCACGUUCGUCACCGGCAGCAAUCACUUUAGUCAAAAGCCUACAGAAGGCACUGUAAAUAAACAUUCUACCUUAUCGACGCUAGUACAGCAGCAAUCGGGACCGGUGGACCAGGAGAUGGCAGCCAGUGCAGCGACCGGCGUCUUUACCACCCACUGGCAGGCCACGACGGAGCCAAGUUUCAUUACGCGGACGAAACCGCCGAAACCAAACAAACCGUCGAAGAAACCGAUCCUGUCCAUUUCGAACAACAUUCAAAGCACCGUGCUGAAACCAAAACCAUCGGCAAAGCCGACCAAGCAAAGUACUACUAGUACAAGCACUAGUACCACUACCACGACGACAACGACGACCACCACCACGACACCGCGGCCUACUACGAGAAGAACCACGUCAACGUCCAGUACCACCACCACAACCACCACUACUACCACGGCGAAGCCCACGACCACCAUUGCUUCCAGCAGCUCAACAGGUUUACAACUGCUCGCAGCAUCCCCAUCUGUGAUUGACGUCGACGAUGCCGCGCCGUCCAUUUCAUCGUACACAGCGGCACCGGGCCGAUAUACAAUUUCCGCAGCAAGAAACGCUGAAUGCGGCAUACAAACGAUGGGCCGCCCGGAGACAAGGAUCGUCGGUGGCAAAAAUGCUCCGUUCGGGCGCUGGCCAUGGCAGGUGUCAGUGCGACGAACGUCAUUUUUCGGAUUCUCGAGUACCCAUCGGUGCGGGGGCGCUGUCAUAAAUGACAACUGGAUAGCAACGGCAGGCCAUUGUGUCGAUGAUCUUUUAACGUCACAGAUACGAAUACGAGUUGGCGAGUACGACUUCUCGCACGUGCAGGAACAGCUGCCAUACAUCGAGCGAGGAGUCGCACGGAAGGUGGUCCAUCCGAAAUAUAACUUCUUCACGUACGAGUUUGAUCUGGCGCUGGUUAAGCUGGAGCAACCGCUCGUAUUUGCGCCCCAUAUCAGUCCCAUCUGCUUACCGGCGACGGACGAUCUGCUGAUCGGCGAGAAUGCGACCGUUACCGGUUGGGGUCGUUUGAGCGAAGGCGGCACAUUGCCAUCCGUGCUGCAGGAGGUGUCCGUGCCGAUCGUAAGCAACGACCGGUGCAAGUCGAUGUUUCUGCGCGCCGGCCGACACGAGUUCAUUCCGGACAUUUUCCUUUGCGCCGGUCAUGAGACGGGCGGGCAGGAUUCGUGCCAGGGAGAUUCGGGCGGUCCACUGCAGGUCAAAGGCAAGGAUGGUCACUACUUCCUAGCGGGCAUCAUAUCGUGGGGCAUUGGCUGUGCGGAAGCGAACCUACCGGGUGUUUGUACGCGAAUAUCAAAGUUUGUGCCGUGGAUCAUGGAAACCGUUCUGUGA